AUGCAAUUUUUUUUUCGAACAAUACAUAAAUCAUUUAUUGAUUGUAUUCAAUUACAAAAAGUAUCUAUACGUUUAAGACAUGAUACACAAGAAAUUAUUAAUCCAAAUUCACUUCUACGUUUUGUUCAAGAUACAAAAUUAGUUCAACAAACUGAAGAAACAAUUAUUGAAUGGAUAAAAGAAAUUGAUAAUUUUUAUCGAAAGAGUACAUUAGUUCGACAAAUAAUGUCUGAUUCAGGUCCAUUAAAUGAAAUAAAAUAUUGGAGAAAACAAGUCACACAAUUAAAUCAUCUUGUAAAUCAACUUCGAUUACCUUCGAAUCGAGCUGUUAUUUAUUUACUUAAUAUUGCUGUAAGUUCACAUUCAAUUGUUUGUAUAAGAAAUAAUUAUAUAAGAUUAGUAUUAAUAAAAUUUAAUUUUAAGGAAUGGAGAGAAAUUGAUAAAAAAUUAACACUAUGUAUUAAUGAAGCACGUGAUCAUUAUAAAUUUUUAAUGACUGUUACUAAAACAUAUUGGACCACUUUAUCGUAA